UUGCGGAGCAAGCGGCCACGAGAUUGGCCACGAGCUCCUCACCUCGUCUUCGCCAAACCUCUCCAAAACCCCCGCCGCCCCGCGCGCCUGCAGCUCCCACCGCCAUGCGCGCCUCCUCCUCCGCCGCCACACGAGAUGCCGCCGCCGCCCACUAAGCCCGCGCUCAACCCACCACUCCUCCCGCUCGCCUCCCUUCCCUCGCCGCGCGCACUCCCGCCCACGCGCCUCCACCGCUUCUCCCCGGAGAAGCGCCCGCGACGUCUCAGCUCGGCCGCCGUCUCGGCGGCGGCGCCCACCUCCUCCUCCGCGGACCCGAGCGCGGAGCUGCGAGCGCUCUGCUCCCAUGGCCAGCUCGCGCAGGCGCUCUGGCUCCUCGAGUCCUCCGCGGAGCCGCCCGACGAGGACGCCUACGUCGCGCUGUUCCGCCUCUGCGAGUGGCGCCGCGCGGUGGAACCCGGGCUGCGCGCGUGCGCGCACGCGGACGACCGGCACGCGUGGUUCGGGCUUCGCCCCGGGAACGCCAUGCUCAGCAUGCUCAUCAGGUUCGGGGAGACGUGGCACGCGUGGAGGGUGUUCGCCAAAAUGCCCGAGCGGGACGUCUUCUCCUGGAACGUCAUGGUGGGCGGGUACGGGAAGGCCGGGUUGCUGGAGGAGGCGCUGGACCUGUACCACAGGAUGAUGUGGGCAGGUGUGAGGCCGGACGUCUACACGUUCCCCUGCGUGCUGCGGAGUUGCGGCGGCGUCCCAGACUGGAGGAUGGGGAGGGAGGUGCAUGCACAUGUUCUCCGGUUUGGUUUUGGGGGUGAGGUUGACGUCCUCAAUGCACUCAUGACCAUGUAUGCCAAAUGUGGGGAUGCCGUGGGUGCACGUAAGGUGUUUGACAGUAUGACCGUGAUGGACUGUAUCUCAUGGAAUGCGAUGAUUGCUGGGCAUUUUGAGAAUGGUGAGUGCAACACAGGGUUGGAAUUGUUUCUUACCAUGCUGGAGGAGGAGGUGCAGCCUAACCUUAUGACGAUAACCAGUGUGACUGUUGCAUCAGGUUUGUUAACUGACGUAAGUUUUGCAAUGGAAAUGCAUGGGCUUGCAGUGAAGAGGGGUUUUGCCACUGAUGUUGCAUUUUGUAACUCUUUGAUUCAAAUGUAUGCUAGUCUUGGGAUGAUGGGGCAAGCAAGAACAGUGUUCUCAAGAAUGGACACUAGAGAUGCCAUGUCAUGGACAGCUAUGAUAUCUGGGUACGAGAAAAACGGCUUCCCAGAUAAAGCUCUUGAAGUGUAUGCACUGAUGGAAGUGAAUAAUGUAAGUCCUGAUGAUAUUACUAUUGCAAGUGCCCUUGCUGCUUGUGCUUGCUUGGGGCGUUUGGAUGUUGGUGUCAAGUUGCAUGAGCUUGCUGAGAGCAAGGGAUUCAUGAGCUACAUCGUAGUUGCAAAUGCACUCCUUGAAAUGUAUGCAAAGUCCAAGCACAUUGAUAAGGCUAUUGAAGUUUUUAAGUGCAUGCCUGAGAAGGAUGUAGUAUCAUGGAGUUCAAUGAUUGCAGGAUUUUGCUUCAACCAUAGGAACUUUGAGGCUCUUUACUAUUUCAGGCAUAUGCUGGCAGAUUUAAAGCCCAAUUCUGUCACUUUUAUAGCUGCUCUUGCUGCUUGUGCUGCUACUGGGGCUUUGAGGAGUGGUAAGGAGAUCCAUGCACAUGUUUUAAGGUGUGGUAUUGGAUCUGAAGGUUAUUUACCCAAUGCACUUAUCGACUUGUAUGUAAAAUGUGGCCAGACAGGCUAUGCUUGGGCACAGUUCUGUGUGCAUGGUGCAAAGGAUGUUGUGUCCUGGAAUAUCAUGCUUGCUGGUUUUGUAGCUCAUGGGCAUGGGGAUACUGCUUUAUCGUUCUUCAAUCAAAUGGUGAAAACUGGAGAGUGUCCAGAUGAAGUUACGUUUGUUACUCUGUUAUGUGCUUGUAGUAGGGGUGGAAUGGUCAAUGAAGGUUGGGAGCUUUUUCACAGCAUGACUGAGAUAUACUCUGUUGUUCCAAAUCUCAAGCACUAUGCAUGCAUGGUGGAUCUACUAAGUCGUGCUGGGCAACUUACAGAAGCUUACAACUUUAUAAAUGAAAUGCCUAUCACACCAGAUGCUGCUGUUUGGGGAGCCUUGCUAAAUGGAUGCCGGAUACACCGGCAUGUUGAACUUGGGGAGCUUGCUGCAAAAUAUGUUCUUGAAUUGGAGCCUAAUGAUGCUGGAUAUCAUGUUCUUUUGUGUGAUAUAUAUGCUGAUGCUGGUAGAUGGGAUAAAUUGUCUAGGGUAAGAAAAACCAUGCGGGAUAAGGGAUUGGAUGAUGAUUCUGGAUGUAGCUGGGUUGAGGUUAAAGGAGUGGUCCAUGCAUUUCUUACGGGUGAUGAAUCACAUCCACAGAUCAGAGAAAUAAAUACUGUUCUUGAAGGAAUAUAUGAGCGGAUGAAAGCAUCUGGUUGUGCUCCUGUUGAAUCUCAUUCUCCAGAAGAUAAAGAAGUAUCCAAGGAUGACAUCUUUUGUGGUCACAGCGAAAGACUUGCUGUUGCUUUUGGUUUGAUCAAUACUGCACCUGGCACCCCAGUUUCUGUUACCAAAAACCAGUACACAUGCCAGAGUUGUCACAGGAUAUUGAAGAUGAUUUCUAACAUUGUACGAAGAGAUAUAAUUGUUAGGGACAGUAAGCAACUCCACCAUUUUAAGGAUGGAUGUUGUACAUGUGGAGAUGAAGGUUAUGGGUGAAGAGCUUGUAGACAGAAGGCUAGCUAGCUAUUUUACAUAUAAUCUUGUGCUGUUAUCUAUAUGGUACACGCCAGUCACUGGCAAGUAGCAGGGCAACCUGGAUACAACUACAUGAGCAGCAGCACCACUGCUUGGAUCAGCAGAACGCAUUUUAUGAGUUAUAUAUAGCAGUUCCGUGCAGAUACUUAACUUGUUACAUGGCAAUCGCAAAAAUUAUAUUCAUGUAAUGGGACUUCAGAUUCUCACAUAUGAUGCCCAUUGAAGUCUCCUGAAGCAGUGACUCGUGGAGUCAUGGAGCUUUUCUUUGCUUCCAACAACUUGCCAAAAAGAAAUAUCAAAUUGCGAUGAGAUCGAGUAGUUCCUUUGUGUUUAGCUUGUAAGAAUACAAGAAUAUCCCAGUUAGUAUCAAUGCUUGGCGAUGGUGAUAACUGUUUGUUUAUUUGCGCCAGCAAUACAUCAGCAAGUCCACCAGCGUACGGGAUUACCUUUGUUUGGAUUGUUCUGUCAUCACACUUCCUUCCUCAUGCACUGAGUCCCACAUGGUCGUGCUCAUGCUUAUCAUACUCCAUGCAGUGCUUAUAGAUUCUGCCUUUAACAUCACAUGAAACAUGACCCCUAUGAGGUAGUUUGCACAAACACUACAUAACUACUCUGCCAACUCCAGGAUUGGCCCAAAUGCUUGGAUCAAAGAGAAGUCUGACACCAAGCAUUGUUAGAACGGGAAAUUCUGGGCAGCAUUUUGCCAUUUUGUGGUGAGUCUGGUAUGGCCGUAUGGGCCAUUCUGGCCGCACUGGCCACUAGUUUUGUGCAUCUUCUGUUGGUUCUGUUGAGAAAUUCAGAUACUGGAGACCUAGCCUAUCAACUGAGUUGCCGGCUGACAGUCUGGAAGGCGUGGAUCCAAGUUUUUUUUAAAUAAGCGUGGAUCCAAGUUGACUGCUUGAGACACAGCCACACAGGUCAUCAGCACAUCGGUUGGAAUGGAACUGGCUGGGUGAUUCUGGACAGGGCAGUUUGGUCCCAGCCUCCCAGGUGAUGGAUAUGUGCGGCGACGACGCAGAUGAUCGAGUCCGCAUCGAGCAGAGCACUGCGCACACUGCAAACGACGUGUAGUUUCAGCUGGACCGACCCUGAGAGGCUGAGAACCCAGGUGUUAUGCUGGACUGCUGCAUGAUUCCAUGCAGGAUGGCCAGCGCUUGCAGGAAAACAGGUCUGUCAGAGUGGAGAAGAGUCCUCUUCCAGCUCGCAUCCCUGAAUAGAUCUCUCUAUUACUGCUUGCAGCUUCUGCAAUGUUGGAGUUACCGCAAUGGUUUUGUUACUACCCGUCAAUUUCUGUGCCCCGGUAGCUGCUUGGAGCCUUGCCAGUUGUACCUCAACCAGUCAACCUUGACUCUGCCUAAAGCCCCUGGCCAUGCCUUCCAUUACUGUGCAACACAGAAUUUAUGCCUCACACUCUGGGGUAACUGCCUAUAAUCUCCAAAGACCAAAAAAAAUGGUGAAGUUUGUCAACCAUGAUUGGGCCAUGUAAUCCAGUAACCAGGUCGGUCUGAUCUCGGGCAAAUUCAAUCCCAGCCGUCGUCGAAAUUCCUUUUAUAUGUAAUAUCAUUCUCAUCCCAUAUUCUGAAAUUCAGUUUCACUUUUAAAGUUGGGGUAUUUGUGUUCAUACCCCUGCUUUGAAGUGUAAUUGUUGUUUUA